GCGCGCAGAGGCGCCGAGAGCGCUCCCCGGCGGGUCCCCAGCGCACUCGCCGCGCCCGGGCAGCGGCCCGACCGGGCGAGCAUGGGCGGCGCGGAGUGACGCCGCCGUGCCCGCUUGGCAUCAAGGACAUUCAGCCCGCGGGGGUGGGGACGAAGGGGGGCAGCCCCCGAGAGCCGCUGCCGCCGCCACGACCGCUCGGGACCCGGGCUAGGUGGAGCAGAGGGGUGCUUGGAAUCGAUCCACGUUUUCCGACCUUUUUGUUGGACAUUCCGCCCGCCUUGGACGCCGCGAGAGGAGCUGUCAAGCCCCGCAGGCUGUGAUCUCGCCCUCCGUUUGCCUGGCCUCCUCCCGGCUCCCGGUGCCUCGGUGGAGUAUUUGCGUUCGGGGCUGGGGCUGGAGGAGGCAGCCACACGCGCGCACACGCACACGCUCAGAGGAGGACGAGAGGCAGCGGCACAGGCACCAUCUGCAGUGUCAAUGCGGCGCUCGGGCUGAAGGAGGCAAAAGCGGCGCUUCCAGGGAGCCUCUACUGCUGAGUCCUGGCCCUCCAAGGGGACCCUCGUGCCGAGUGCUGCCGUGCCGUGAGGACCUGUUUCUGAAAUGAAAGCCAUGCCUUGGAACUGGACUUGCCUUCUCUCCCAUCUCCUGAUGGUAGGGAUGGGCUCCUCCACUCUGCUCCCCCGGCAGCCACCCCCAACGUCCCCGAAGCGGUCUUUUGUCACGUUCCGUGGGGAGCCAGCCGAGGGUUUCAACCACCUGGUGGUGGACGAGAGGACAGGGCACAUUUACUUGGGGGCUGUCAACCGGAUCUACAAGCUCUCCAGUGACCUGAAGGUCUUGGUGACCCACCAGACAGGGCCGGACGAGGACAACCCUAAGUGUUACCCACCGCGCAUCGUCCAGACAUGCAAUGAGCCCCUGACCACCACCAACAAUGUCAACAAGAUGCUCCUGAUAGACUACAAAGAGAACAGGCUCAUUGCCUGUGGGAGCCUGUACCAAGGCAUCUGCAAGCUUCUCAGGCUUGAGGACCUCUUCAAGCUGGGGGAGCCUUUCCACAAGAAGGAACACUACCUGUCGGGAGUCAAUGAGAGUGGCUCCGUCUUUGGAGUAAUCGUCUCCUACAGCAACCUGGACGACAAGCUCUUCAUCGCCACUGCAGUGGAUGGGAAGCCGGAGUACUUCCCUACCAUCUCCAGCCGGAAGCUGACCAAGAACUCCGAGGCAGACGGCAUGUUUGCUUAUGUCUUCCACGAUGAGUUUGUGGCCUCGAUGAUUAAGAUUCCUUCGGACACCUUCACCGUCAUCCCCGACUUUGAUAUCUACUAUGUCUAUGGCUUCAGCAGCGGCAAUUUUGUCUACUUUUUGACCCUCCAGCCUGAGAUGGUGUCUCCACCAGGCUCUACCACAAAGGAACAGGUCUAUACCUCCAAGCUCGUGAGGCUCUGCAAGGAGGACACGGCCUUCAACUCCUAUGUGGAGGUGCCCAUUGGCUGUGAGCGCAGUGGGGUCGAGUACCGCCUGUUGCAGGCCGCCUACCUGUCCAAAGCUGGUGCCGUGCUCGCCCGGACCCUUGGAGUUCGUCCAGAGGAUGACCUCCUCUUCACUGUCUUCUCCAAGGGCCAAAAGCGGAAAAUGAAAUCCCUGGAUGAGUCAGCCCUGUGCAUCUUCAUCUUGAAGCAGAUCAACGAUCGCAUUAAGGAGCGACUGCAGUCCUGCUAUCGGGGGGAGGGUACGCUGGACCUAGCGUGGCUCAAGGUGAAGGACAUUCCCUGCAGCAGCGCGCUCUUAACCAUUGAUGAUAAUUUCUGUGGCCUGGAUAUGAAUGCCCCCCUGGGUGUGUCCGAGAUGGUGCGCGGCAUUCCUGUCUUCACGGAGGACAGGGACCGCAUGACUUCUGUCAUCGCAUACGUCUACAAGAAUCACUCUCUGGCCUUCGUGGGCACCAAAAGUGGCAAGCUGAAGAAGAUCCGUGUGGAUGGGCCCAGGGGCAAUGCCCUCCAGUAUGAGAUGGUGCAGGUAGUAGAGCCCGGCCCAGUCCUCCGGGAUAUGGCCUUCUCCAAGGACCACGAGCAACUCUACAUCAUGUCAGAAAGGCAGCUCACCAGAGUCCCCGUGGAGUCCUGUGGUCAGUAUCAGAGCUGCAGCGAGUGCCUUGGCUCUGGCGACCCCCACUGCGGCUGGUGUGUGCUCCAUAACACGUGCACCCGGAAGGAGCGCUGUGAGCGGUCCAGAGAGCCCCGCAGGUUUGCCUCUGAGAUGAAGCAAUGCGUCCGGCUGACCGUCCAUCCCAGCAAUAUCUCUGUUUCCCAGUACAAUGUCCUGCUGGUCCUAGAGACAUACAAUGUCCCGGAGCUGUCAGCUGGCGUCAACUGCACCUUUGAGGACCUGUCAGAGAUGGAUGGGCUGGUGGUAGGCAAUCAGAUCCAGUGCUACUCCCCAGCAGCCAAGGAGGUGCCCCGGAUAAUCACCGAGAACGGGGACCACCAUGUCGUCCAGCUGCAGCUCAAGUCGAAGGAGACAGGCAUGACCUUUGCCAGCACCAGCUUUGUCUUUUACAACUGCAGUGUCCACAAUUCGUGCCUGUCCUGCGUGGAGAGCCCAUAUCAAUGUCACUGGUGCAAAUACCGGCACGUCUGUACCCAUGACCCCAAGUCUUGCUCCUUCCAGGAAGGCCGAGUGAAGCUGCCCGAGGACUGCCCCCAGCUGCUGCGAGUGGACAAGAUCCUGGUGCCUGUGGAGGUGAUCAAGCCCAUCACUCUGAAGGCCAAGAACCUCCCCCAGCCGCAGUCCGGGCAGCGCGGGUACGAAUGCAUUCUCAGCAUCCAGGGCACGGAGCAGAGGGUGCCCGCCCUGCGCUUCAACAGCUCCAGCGUGCAGUGCCAGAACACCUCUUAUUCGUAUGAAGGGAUGGAGAUCAACAAUCUGCCAGUGGAGCUGACGGUUGUGUGGAAUGGGCAUUUCAACAUUGACAACCCAGCUCAGAACAAAGUUCACCUGUAUAAGUGCGGAGCCAUGCGGGAGAGCUGCGGGCUGUGCCUCAAGGCGGACCUGGACUUCCAGUGCGGCUGGUGCCAGGUCCAGGGCCAGUGUACCCUGCGGCAGCACUGCCCCGUGCAUGAGAGCCAGUGGCUGGAGCUGUCGGGCACCAACAGCAGGUGCACCCACCCCCGCAUCACAGAGAUAAUCCCAGUGACAGGUCCCCGGGAAGGGGGCACCAAGGUCACCAUCCGAGGGGAGAACCUGGGCCUGGAAUUCCGGGACAUCGCCUCCCACGUCAAGGUGGCCGGUGUGGAGUGCAGCCCUUUGGUGGAUGGCUACAUCCCUGCAGAACAGAUCGUGUGCGAGAUGGGGGAGGCCAAGCCCAGCCAGCACGCAGGCUUUGUGGAGAUCUGUGUGGCCGUGUGUCGGCCCGAGUUCAUGGCCCGGUCCUCACAACUCUAUUACUUCAUGACACUGACUCUCUCGGACCUGAAGCCCAGGCGGGGGCCCAUGUCCGGGGGCACCCAAGUGACCAUCACGGGCACCAACCUGAACGCGGGCAGCAACGUGGUGGUGAUGUUCGGGAAGCAGCCCUGCCUCUUCCACAGACGCUCUCCAUCCUACAUCGUCUGCAACACCACAUCCUCAGAUGAGGUGCUGGAAAUGAAGGUGAUGGUGCAAGUGGACAAGGCCAGUAUCCACCAGGACCUGUUCUUCCAGUACAUGGAGGACCCCACCAUCGUGCGCAUCGAGCCAGAGUGGAGCAUAGUCAGUGGAAACACACCCAUCGCCGUGUGGGGGACUCACCUGGACCUCAUACAGAAUCCCCAGAUCCGUGCCAAGCAUGGAGGGAAGGAGCACAUCAAUCUCUGUGAGGUUCUGAAUGCUACUGAGAUGACCUGCCAGGCUCCAGCCCUCGCUCUGGGGCCCGACCACCAGUCCGACCUGACCGAGAGGCCCGAGGAGUUUGGCUUCAUCCUGGACAACGUCCAGUCCCUGCUAAUCCUCAACAAGACCAACUUCACCUAUUAUCCCAACCCUGUAUUCGAGGCCUUUGGGCCCUCAGGAAUCCUGGAGCUCAAGCCCGGCACUCCCAUCAUCCUGAAGGGCAAGAACCUGAUCCCCCCCGUGGCCGGGGGCAAUGUGAAGCUGAACUACACCGUGCUGGUGGGGGAGAAGCCAUGCACUGUGACGGUGUCCGACGUGCAGCUGCUCUGCGAGUCCCCCAACCUCAUCGGCAGGCACAAAGUGAUGGCCCGCGUCGGUGGCAUGGAAUACUCCCCGGGGAUGGUGUACGUCGCCCCAGACAGCCCGCUCAGCCUGCCCGCCAUCGUUAGCAUCGCCGUGGCCGGCGGCCUCCUGGUCAUCUUCAUCGUCGCCGUCCUCAUCGCCUACAAACGCAAGUCCCGCGAAAGUGACCUCACGCUGAAGCGGCUGCAGAUGCAAAUGGACAACCUGGAGUCACGAGUGGCGCUCGAGUGCAAAGAAGCUUUUGCCGAGCUGCAGACAGACAUCCACGAGCUGACCAGUGACCUGGAUGGAGCUGGGAUCCCCUUCCUGGACUACAGAACCUACACCAUGCGGGUGCUGUUCCCCGGGAUUGAAGACCACCCGGUGCUGCGGGACCUCGAGGUUCCGGGCUACCGGCAGGAGCGCGUGGAGAAGGGCCUGAAGCUCUUUGCCCAGCUCAUCAACAACAAGGUGUUCCUGCUGUCCUUCAUCCGCACCCUGGAGUCUCAACGCAGCUUCUCCAUGCGCGACCGCGGCAACGUGGCCUCGCUCAUCAUGACCGUGCUGCAGAGCAAGCUGGAAUACGCCACGGACGUGCUGAAGCAGCUGCUGGCCGACCUCAUCGACAAGAACCUGGAGAGCAAGAACCACCCCAAGCUGCUGCUCAGGAGGACUGAGUCGGUGGCCGAGAAGAUGCUGACCAACUGGUUCACCUUCCUGCUCUACAAGUUCCUCAAGGAGUGUGCUGGGGAGCCCCUGUUCUCGCUCUUCUGUGCCAUCAAGCAGCAGAUGGAGAAGGGCCCCAUCGACGCCAUCACAGGAGAGGCCCGCUACUCUCUGAGCGAGGACAAGCUCAUCCGCCAGCAGAUCGACUACAAAACCCUGGUCCUGAGCUGUGUCAACCCAGACAGUGCCAACAGCCCCGAGGUCCCAGUGAAGAUCCUCAACUGCGACACCAUUACUCAGGUCAAGGAGAAGAUUCUGGAUGCCAUCUUUAAGAAUGUGCCCUGCUCCCACCGGCCCAAGGCUGCAGAUAUGGACCUGGAGUGGCGACAAGGAAGCGGGGCAAGGAUGAUCCUGCAGGAUGAGGACAUCACCACCAAAAUUGAGAAUGACUGGAAGAGACUGAACACCCUGGCCCAUUACCAGGUGCCAGAUGGUUCUGUGGUGGCUUUAGUGUCCAAGCAGGUGACAGCCUACAAUGCAGUGAACAACUCCACAGUCUCCAGGACCUCAGCGAGUAAAUAUGAAAAUAUGAUCCGGUACACGGGCAGCCCCGACAGCCUCCGCUCACGCACACCCAUGAUCACCCCCGACCUGGAGAGCGGAGUCAAGAUGUGGCAUCUGGUCAAGAACCACGAGCACGGGGACCAGAAGGAGGGCGACCGGGGGAGCAAGAUGGUGUCUGAGAUCUAUCUGACACGUCUCCUGGCCACGAAGGGCACCCUGCAGAAGUUUGUGGACGACCUCUUCGAGACCAUCUUCAGCACGGCACACCGGGGCUCCGCCCUGCCCCUGGCCAUCAAGUACAUGUUCGACUUCCUGGACGAGCAGGCGGACAAGCACGGCAUUCACGACCCCCACGUCCGCCACACCUGGAAGAGCAACUGCCUGCCCCUGCGGUUUUGGGUCAACAUGAUCAAGAACCCCCAGUUUGUGUUUGACAUCCAUAAGAACAGCAUCACGGACGCCUGCCUGUCCGUGGUGGCCCAGACCUUCAUGGACUCCUGCUCCACAUCAGAGCACCGGCUGGGCAAGGACUCCCCCUCCAACAAGCUGCUCUACGCCAAGGACAUCCCCAGCUACAAGAACUGGGUAGAAAGGUAUUAUGCAGACAUCGGGAAGAUGCCGGCCAUCAGCGACCAGGACAUGAACGCGUACCUGGCUGAGCAGUCCCGGAUGCACAUGAAUGAGUUCAACGCCAUGAGCGCGCUCUCGGAGAUCUUCUCCUACGUGGGCAAGUACAGCGAGGAGAUCCUCGGACCUCUGGACCAUGAUGACCAGUGUGGAAAGCAGAAACUGGCCUACAAACUAGAACAAGUCAUAACCCUCAUGAGCUUAGACAGCUGAGAACCGUCCUUCCAGGGCCCCUGGGGGGAGGGACACACCAAGCCGUGCCUCAGUCUAGAUUAUCAUCUUUACCAAGUGCAAGUUCCGACUGGCGUCAGCAGCAUCCCCUGAGCAGCGCUGUCUCUCUCUCCGCCUCUUUCUGUCUCUCCCUCCUCCCUGCGUCCCUUCUCUCUCUGUGGCUCUGCCAACACGAUGGAACCAGGCCACCGCCCCUCAGUUAGUCCAGGAUGGCCAGGCUCACGCGGGGACCCGGCCAGAAGAUAUCAGCGGGGCUCUCUUUCCCGGCUGGCCGCAGGCUGACCACAUCGGAUGGAGGAGGAGCCCCGGAGAGAGGACACCCCCAUGCCGCUACUCCACCUUCCACACCAGGCCGAGCCUUGGUCUAGGGAAGAGGCAAUGAGCUCAGUAUUAUCUUCACCAGGAAGACACCACCUGGCUCUCUUCCUUCCCCCGUGUCCACCUCCAGGGGGUUCGCCAGGGUGUGGGCCCGUUACAGCUCUGAGAAGAAAGGCCACAGCUCCUGCGCAUGGAGGACUGGGGGUUGGGAGGGGCAACGAGUUGGGAGGUGACUUCGAGCCGCCUCUCACCUGUUGGGUUGGCCUCCAGAGGCCACCUUGUCCCCUUGCGGUCUUCUCGGAGCCCUUCCAAGUGCUCCUAGGGACCUGCCGGCCUCGUCCCCUCCCCUGCCUAUGGAAAGCCAGACAGGAGAAUCAGCAGUUACACGCCACCGCGGAGACCCUCCUAACCUUCGAGUCUGGCUCAGAGCAGCAGAAAUGUCACGUGGAGGGGGAGAAAGGGAAAGAGAGUCACACCCACCCUGGAAGCAGAAUUUGUUGUUUUCCAUUCACCCCCGCACGCAAAUGAAGCACGUCACGGGCCUCAUCCAUUGCCAGAUCGUCGAUGCUGUCUAGGGAAAGCACCUGCAGCCUCCUUGGUCGGCGCUCAUCAAGGGUCAAUGUAAAAUGCAGAGUACAUCCAGGAGAUUCUACCUCCAGCCACCUUUCUUGGCUCCGUCCCCACCACCCUUCCUGAGAACUCUAUAGAAGGCUGGGGCAGAGAGCUGAGCCCCUGUCCCCCUGCAGAGCCUGGUGCCAUUGCUAUGCAGAUGACUUUGUCCAGACCUCCUUGGCAAGGGCUCCUUCACCAUCCGCUGUCUCUUUAGUCCCUGCCCUUCCUCACCUCCUCCCCAGUCAUCACAGAGAGAACCACGCUCAAGCACAGCCUCACGGGAGACAAACCCAAAUGCCAGGCACACCUAGCCACCAGCUCGCCACAUCCGGGAGGGACCAAGGACUCAAGCUGAAGGACCUGGCCAACAACGACAGAAGAGACAUACAACGGACCUCGGCCCUGGCAUCUGUUUCUCCGUCUGUCCUUCCAUCUCUGCCCAUUUCAGCCCGUCAGGCAAAUGUACGCUCAGACAUGGGUGAGCAGGGGCUGUGGUAAGAGACGGUCUAAUGGAGGGUCAUGGAAACCUGAAUCUUGAAGGGCCCUUAGUUGCCAUCUGGCCCAGUUUCCCACCCUAAGCCAGAUUCUCUCCUAGCAGCCCUGGUGGCUAAUUGUACACCACUCUGGGGGACAAGGAGAAGCAUCAUGUAAGGUGUGGCUGAGAGUGAGGGUUCCAGUCUUGCCUUCACUCCCUGAACGUCAGAUGUCCAUCCCUGUCAUCCACUCAAAGUGAGCCCCAAUGGGAAAGGGGAAGGAACCACUCCAUUUCCAGCAAAGUCCAUGGAGCACCCUGUACUUUUAAGAACUCUGGCCCCUUUGGAUAGGUGUGUGUGUGUGUGUGUGUGCACCCCAGGAGCAGGCAGAGAGCUCAAAAGGAUUUCUGGUCCUGUGGAGGGGACCCUGAAGUGAUUCCCUUACGCCACCCUUGCUCAUUCAUUCUGUAGCUUGAGGACAUUUCAACACUAGCUUUCGGCGCUGAGUGCUGGGGGUGGAGAAGGAGAGUCACCUGUCGGCAGGAAACCAGGCUGCUCAGCGCCCACGGGAGGCCGGGACUUGACUGGAGGCUGGGUGGAGGUGACCCACAGCAGGGCAGCAUGUGACAUCAAGGAGAGGACAGAUGGGGACAAAACACCAGUAGCCUAACCACGGAAAGAGGAGAAUGGGGAAAAGACACCCAUUGAGGGGGAAACAUAACCAAAGGUUUUGGCAAAUGAAGUGCCAGGUGAAGAAGCUUGGGCUUUCUACCCUUGACCCUUUAAUUUCCUCCCGAGAAGCCACAGGCCCUGGCCAGAGAGGAAGCACGAGGGGGGGCGGGCGGAGGAGGCACUGCAGCCGCCAAGAUGUAUUUGCACACGUGAGGGGGUGGGGAGGAGAGAGACACAAACAUAUUUAACACAGAUUCACUGAGUGGAAGCUGAGUGUGUGUGUGAGCGCAUGUGUGAGCGAGUGUGUUUGGUUUUUUAAGUUUUGCACAGAGAGAAAAAAUGAACAGGCAGAAAAGAAGACUGUUAUGGUUCUGCUGAAGCUUUUAUUUUUUACCGGAUUAUUAUUAUUAUUGUUAUUGUUCCUUUGUCGGUACAGAACUCCCCCCCCCCACCCCGCCCCUGCCCCGUUUUGUCGUAAGAGAAACUUCUCAGACACCUCAGAGAAACCUCAAUGUCAGGAAGAAAGAGGAGAGGACAGUCUCCUGGUUCUCCUUUCUCCUGGUUCAGAAGGGGGUUGGGGCAGAUUUUACUUUAAUUGCUGGGAGGGGGGUCGCUGCUGGUGUUUUGUUUGCUGAAAUCUCUGCGGCCUGCUUGGGCUCGAGAAACAGGACACAAUCACCCAGAGCUGCAACCCAUCUUGCCCCACAAAAAUUCUCUUUCCUUUCUUCAUUCGUUUUCCAUUUUUUUCCAUUUGGAUUCGUGGUGCACGUGUGAUUCAAAGUAAAGACAAGGCAGCAUUUUCAAAAAGCUGUCCUUGGCUCCCCACGUUCUUUCCAAAACUCCCCUUGGGGUCCACGAUCUCCUACUGACAGGCCAGAGACCCCGAAAGCUGCCCCGGGGGUGCGGGCACGGGGGCCAGCACACAGCAGAGAAGGGAGCUGGGCAAACUGGUCCUGUGGAAGGGAGGUCCCCUCAAGGCCUCCCUCCCCCGUGGCAGUGAAUUUGCAGGAUCAUAACUCUGUUUAAGGUGGAAUCUUUAUCUAACUGCUUGAGUCCCGGACAGAGAGGAAGAGAGAAAAGGCCCAUCUCCUCUCACCUCCCCCUUCAACCGCCUCCUGCACCCUCCAGCCCUUGAGACCAUCAAGGUCAAAAUGGCGCCAGUAGAUCACACAGAAUAACUGACCUAGGUUAGAUGGGGAUUUUGAAUGUAGGAGAGAGAUGGGCUGAAGCUGGGGUGGUGGGAGGCAGGGAGCUUUAUGGGGUCCUGAAUUUAAAAGGACCGAUGGAUAGAAGCUGAGACAGAUGGCUGCAGGCAGGUCAUUGCUCUCGGGGGGCACAAGUCUCCCCACAUGUGGGCUUUGCCAUUCUUUGUCCUUCCACGUAAGUAGAGACCCCGACAUUUCUUGGUAACAGUAAAUAGUACCACUAAGUGAAGUUGGCUACUGUGUCAGUUAAUCCCUCAGGAAAAUACUUUUUCUUGCCUUCUUUCAAUGUGGUUUUAAUUUGGGGGCAGAGGACUGCCUGAGCGUCCACAGGCCAAGGUAGGGUCGCAUCCCACAGCAACAUGAACACCCGGAGUCAGCCCGAGAGCCUCCGUCUUGUGAGCCCGUGGGCCGAGGAGUCAGGCCCGAGGUGCUUGAGCAGGGCUGUGGUCCGAGAGAGAAGUCCUUUUCGAUAAUCCCAGAGUGAAGCAGACUAUCCAGGACUGUGCCAGGCAGAAGCGGGAGUCGCUGAUCGGUAAGGUCGCUGACCUGGUCCACUCGGGCCCGGGUCUCAUCCCCCAGCCCGAGGCUAAUGUGGAGGUACUGCCCCAGCACUCCCUCUCCCCCCACCCGAGGUCCUUGUGCUCGUGUUCCCCUUGCAUGUCUGGCUUCUGAGAGUGUCCCUCCCCCGCAGAGGCGAAUGUGCCCCCUCGUCCCCCUCGCCCACAGCUGCACGCGGAGCCGCAGACCUCACAGCCCAGCCCCACCCGGGGCAGCUCUAGGCCCCUGUCACCAGCCCGGCACCGCCUCCCUGAGUGAUUGGGGUCCCCAGUCCCACCUGGGCCCUGGGGAUCCCCCAUCAGAAGAGCCACAAGCAACGAUUUCCCAAAACAACCUCCACUCCGAGAGGCAAGUCCUGCUGAUGUUUCCAGCACCCUCAACAGCCAUGCACUUUGACCUAACAGGGGAAGCCCUGUUUUCCAUCUGUCUCCUUUCUCAGGAAUUAGGGGACACUUCCUUUGGCUUCACAGGAUGUGAAGUCAAAUACUUAACCUAGUGAAGGUUAAUUAUUCUUAAGAACAAACUUCCCCACCUCUGAGAGAGCAAGGAGGGAGGGGAAGAGGCAGGGAGGUUCUGCAGGCCGGAGGCCCAUAGACACCCCUUUCGUGGCCCUUCCAGGAAUGGGCCGCCCCAACAAGUGGUCCCAGCAUGGGUCUGAAAGGCCUCCGAGAGGCAUUUCUAGGCAUGAAUAACCUCCAGGUACCAGAGUCCCCAGGAGAAGACCCUGCCCCAGGCCGAUCCUGGCUCCCCGGCCUUUCCUCUUGCUCCUAGUUCACACCAAGGACCUCCUGUCAGCCCCCCACGCCUCCUGUCAGCAUUCAGGACAGGUGACUGAGGGCCCCUGACCCCGCAGCCCAUCCCUUUUUCUUUAACCUAUAUGUGGACUGUUUACUUGGAGUCUGAGGUUAUUUUUUGUUUGUAUAUGUUAAGCGUUGGAGAUUAAGGAGGGAGCCCAGGUGUGGGUGUCAAGUCCAAACUGCUGGAAGGAAGAAACAAAACUCUUCACCUGUGACUUGCGAGGGCUGAGGAGAGCCUUGGGGCUGAGGAGGGGGGCUCCCCUGUUGUUAAAAAAUGGGUCAGGAUAUUCCCCAGGUGUGGACAUGCCUGGGGAAGCAGCCUCCAUGGCUGCUAAUAUCCUUGGUGCUUCCCGGGCACCUGGGAUGGCUAGAGCCUGCGAUGCUGGCCCUCUCCUCCCACAGGUGUGGCCAAUGAGAGCCCUUACAGAGCGGGGAAGCUGGGGUGCAGCCACAGGUGACGCGGAGAGGCAGCUCCAGGGGGAGGCUGGGGAACCAUGAGCCUCUGCUCUCACGGUGCUCUGAGAGCCGCAAAGCCCUCCGCUGGAAAACAGAGAAAACAUUCCUCCCGUUCACAAAGGAAUCUCUAUAGUAAAAGUUUCAGACUUUCAAGAGAGACCCCCUUUUUUUAAAACUACAAUUCUUUGCUCCCUGAAAAAAAAAAAUUUUUUUAAUUAGGGGAAGUUAUCCAACUUUAUAAAAUAUACAGGAUUUUUUGGUUGUAAAAGUGAUACAUACUCAUUAGAGUCCCAAUUAAAUUCCGUGAGUAGACUGGUGACUAACCCAGCUAAGCAAAGCUAAACAAAACAAGAUCCCUAAUAAAUGAAAAGAGGUUUCUGUCCUCAUUGGCAGAGAUAGUGAGGUGGGAGGGGGGCCGUAUGCCCUCUGUCUGGUGUGCCCCACUUUCCUUUCUCCUCACCUCUUUUCGCUUUGUCCAAUCUUGGCUCUCUGGGCUGCCCCUGGUGUUGCUGAGCCCCCCUGCCAUCCCCAUCAGCUUCCUUCAAACCGUAGGGAUGCCCAGUUCAGGAUUGGUCAUGGAGGGACCAAUGCCCCUCCCCUGAGAGUGCAAACGCUCAUCGCAAAUAGACACGUUCUAUGCAGCUCAUCUACCAUUUCUUUUUAACUGGAAUUAGAACUUCUUUUGUUAGUAUCUUUGAUCUUAUGACUCAAGCACAUUUUGGAAGGGCUCCCUUCCAAGAGUGGAAUUCAAAACAGAGGAUACAGUUAAAGAGCAGUGCAAAGGACACUUAACCAAGCACGACCGCUUACCAGAUAGGACUAGUGGAUGAGGUUCAGGCCCAUGACCAAGAUGCGAUACGCGUCUCGUGUGCUCUCCUUCCUCCUCCCUUCCCUGAUGUUCUCCCCAGCUGUUGGCUCGUUAAACCUUCUGUUCUUUAAAAAGAAAAGCUAGUUUACCUCAAAGAAUCUUGUUUCCAUUUGGAAACCAAUGACUUUGUGUUUUAGAGUAGAUGACCCUCCCCCCGCCAUCACUCCCUGCCUGGGUCUGGUGUCCCUGAGGCCUGAGGUCCUUGCUUAGUCAUGCGAUGGCGAUGCUGAACAAGAACAAGACCCCCAGGCCCUGACAUGGACAGGAAGGAUUGGGUGCAGCUGGCCUCCUCCCCACCUGAGCUGGUAAGGACCAGCCCAUCUCUUCCAGCAGGGUCCUGCCCAGUUACCAUAGUAACCAGCAACUCCAGGGUACCAGCAACAGAGAACGGCUCAGUGAGCGGAGGCGUAGGUGGAACAGAGUCUGGCCUGGUCUCACAACCCAGAGUCAAGUCCGAUGCUGGAGGGAAGAGGAGAAACAGGGAAGGAUGAGCGGGUGGUUUGAGGAACAGGCGGAGGCCUUUGAGUCUCGGCGAGAGGCCGUUGAAGGAGGUAGGGCAGGUCUCUCCUGCUCUGGUCACCCCUUUCCAGCCCCACCCCACCUCUGUUUCCAUAAAGCUCCCACCUUGAACACUGGCCCUUUGUUAGAACAAAGCAAAACAUAUCUUUAGACAACAGUGUUAAUAAUGAGCCUCAAAGGUGGAUGGAAUCUAGUAGAGGAAGAGGGUCUUCUGGUUUUGAUUUUUAAAAAAGAGUAUCCUAGUAAGAUUAAAAAAAAAGAUUUAAAAAAAUAAAGUUUUUAAAAAGGAAACCUAUGCUAUUUAAAUUGGAGCCCAGUUGUAACUUGGUAAAGGCAAGCUUCUGUACCUUUGUUAUAAUUAAUUGUAUACCUGUGUAUGUAAAUAUAAGGCAUUCCUAUUUUGCAGUUCAGAACAAAAAAAAAAAAACCUAUUUGUAAUAUAGAAUAAAGUUUAUUAAAAAAUAAUAAAAAUGCAGUUUGGGA